GUUCAGUAUUAUUCAAUAAUUAUAUUUUUUAUUAUUAUCCAUGUGUUUAAUUAUUUUCUGAUCUGUCAAAGGUUACCGUUGAAAAGAUGCAUUACGAGUUAUUUAUUUCAGUAGAUCAUCGCACAAUAUUGUUCAGGUCAGUCACAAAGAUAUAACCUUUGAAACAUGUGUCAUCAGAUAAAUACUGUGAAAUUUUCUGCUCUCGCCGAUAAAAAGUCAAAUUGUUUCAAUUGUACCUUCUACACUUAUAUCUAUUUUCCUUCUUCUCUUAAGGUUUCAAUAUAUUUAUCUGUCUCACUUUAAAAGUCAAAGUACAAAAUAAAGUGCAGAACGGAGAAAAUAUUUCAGAUUUGCCAUUUGUAUUACAUGAUCUUUUUUUACAUCUUCCUUUUUACCAAGUAAUUUUCACUCAAAUAACAAGAAAUAUUGUUUGUAAAUAAAUAAAUAAAUAAGAAGAAGAAAGGAAGAAAAGUAGUUAUUAAAAAAAUGUUUUUAAUUAUUAUUUAUUAUUUAUCGUAUAUCUUUUUGCUGAUUGAUCUAAAGAAAGUCAGACGCAUCGAUAUUUUAAUUAACGAACAAAGUGACAACAUCUCUCAUCGUAUUUUUAUUUAUAAUAUUUACAACUAUCGAGAGCUCUUCUAUCGAAGAUAGAACUGUUCACGCGCAGCAACUUCAGGCAGUGCCCGAUAUGGGGCACUACUUUGCAAAUAACCUCGCAGUAUCGCGGUUGAUACAGUGUUAAUUGAAUUGUCCAGAUGAUUUAAUUAACUCCUUCGAGUAUUCUUCCGCGCGCUGUCGUACGCAUCCUCAAAUCACUACGAAUACGCUGCGAUUCCAUAAACCAUUAUGUAAAACUGCAAUCUCUUUUUUUAGGACGAGUCUAUGUCGGUGGCUAUACCCGCACAGAACGAAAAAGGGAAUAUAUGUUAUUCGUUGAUCGUAUAUCGUGCACGAUAGUCGUCGUGACGCGUCACGGACGUCCAACGGAACAACAAACGCGAGUUCUUGACAACCAGUGAUAAGCGGAAUGGAGACCCACGAAGGAGAGCAGUACGUGACGUUUCCUCUCACCGAGGUACACGAUGCCAUAGAGGAGAGUAUCAUAUCUCACGAGGAGAUAUGCGAGCCUGUCGACGAGUGCGUUCUCCAGGAAGGCCUUACGGAGGUCACCGUCGGUAAUACUGCCAGUACUGAUAUCGUGGAGUCGCAAGGUACCGUCGAGAUACUCACGGAACAGUCGGAAGAGGAAGACGAUGGUCAGGUUGUAUAUCCAAUGUACAUCAAGCAAGAGGAACAGCAGCAGUACACGUCGGGGGACGACGAAUCCAUGGCUGUGGAGGCACUGCGUCAACUGGGCGGCAUGUACCCGUGCUUCGAAGACAAGAAGAUCAAUUGCUCGGUCUGCAAGAAUCUCUUUACCCAAGAGGAAAUGGUUGAACAUCAGUCCGUGUGCCAAUCGUCUUCUAAGUUGUCCUGCACCACUUGCGGGGAGAGAUUUGAGAGGAAGAUUGAUUUGAACAACCACAUGGUUUGCCAUCAGGUGGACCGUCCUCAUGCUUGUAGAACCUGUGGUAACUUAUUCCGUUCCAAAAACAAUCUGCAGGCACAUAUGUUGCAGGCGCACAUGCAUCACGUCGAACGGCCGCACAAAUGCAAUAUCUGUGGCUCGGAUUUCCAGAGGCCUUCCAGCUUAUCGAAUCACAUGAAAAUACACACGUACGUCGCAGGACGGGCCAUCAUGCAGUCACAGAGUAACAACGUGUCUCAAUCGACAGAGACAUUCAGGAAGUGGCCGGAAAAUGCAGCUGAUUCGCAGAACGCUUCUCCAAUAUCAUCUUCGUCUGUCCAGUCCAUACAGAAUUACGAGGUGUGUCAGGUUCAAUGGCCGGUUUCGUCGUAUAAUUUCCAGAGCGAGCAAUCGAUAGUCACCACCAUAGCGAAUCACCAGGACGCCAAAAUGGAUACGCUGCAAGAGUUUACGGUGAUGCCCAAUGGCGAGGUGACGCAAUUUACCGAGUACACCGAACAAAAUAAUAUCAGUGACUCAGUCAAUAACACUCAACAGUACGAUAUAACAAUAAAUUCAUUCAACACACCUGAUGGGAUAGUCAAAGUCGAGACGCUUUACAAACAAAACAAUGCUAAUAAACGAGAUUACGGAGAGGCUGAAGUAAACAACAGCAAGCAGUACACAUGUAAACAUUGCGGAAUUAAUUUUGCGCGCGCAACCGCGCUGGCGUCUCACGAGAAAAUUCACGCGUUUAAAAACUGGAAUAUGCCGAUCGAGUGCGAGUACUGUGACAAGCAGUUUCAGGACGCCGAUCAUUUGGCGACUCAUCAGACCACGUGCGCCAAGAAAAUAAUGCAGAACAACAUCGAGCAGGGUGUGCCCAACAACAAAUGGGGCAAACACGCUUGCUCACAAUGCGGAAAGAAAUUCACGACCAAACAGAAGAUGUUUCGGCACCAAUGGAUCCAUCGCAAGAAGACUCAUUCGUGCGAGGUGUGCGGCUCACAGUUCGAAAAGCAGAACGAGCUGGACGAGCAUAGAUUGUCGGCGCAUCCUGGCGAUUCGCCGUUUACCUGCACGGAAUGCGGGAAGAGCUUCGUAUCGCGGCAGGGUCUUUGGGAGCACGGUAGAACGCACGCCGGAAGCCCGGCUCAUUUUCAGUGCGAUACUUGCUCGAAAACGUUCUCGUCUCGUCAGGGAUAUUUGAUACAUAAUCGUACGCAUACCGGUGAACGACCGUACGGGUGCAAAUAUUGCUGGAAGGCGUUUCGCGACGGCGGAACUUUGAGGAAGCACGAGCGGAUCCACACAGGCGAAAGACCGCACGUGUGUCCGUUGUGCUCGAGGGCUUUUAAUCAGAAGGUAGUUCUGCGUGAACAUGUGCGAUGGGUACACGCGGCGGGGAAGAACGAAACGGAAGCCAGCAGUCCUCCGUAUCAGUGUCCACUCUGCGGCGCUCUGAAUCAGGAUCGCGACGAACUCUGCGCGCAUAUUGUUAAACAUUCGGAUCAAAUGAUAGCUGAAGCGAAGGCGAAAACUAGCAACGACAUUUCUCCAAAAUCGAAGUCAACGAAGAAAAAAUCGAAGUCGUCGAACAGCGCAAACGCACAGACGAAGCAAAACGACUUGGACUUUAUUCCGAAGGCAGAGCAAAACCAAGCCUUAUUAUCCAUCACAGACACAUCCGAUAAAACAGAUGAUAUGCACGUUAUAAAUGAGAAACAGAAUAACGCAUUUGUUGUAGUUACCACGGAAAAACGUAGCGAUGGCUUCAUAGCGAUAUCUGAGCUCAAACACAGCAACAUACGGUUUAUAGUGGACGGUAAAGAAGAAGAGAACAUCCAGGUACUUCAAGUGGAACAAAGGGAUCCUCUUGAUUUGAUGGAUAUAGAGAAAGAAAGCGACGCUGUGAACAUUGUGUCCGCAGAAUCCGUGGACGAUUCACUCGAGGAAACGGUCACGCAAAACGACGUGUCUACGAUGCAUUUAAUUCAAUCUUCUAAGCAGAAUAAUACUCUUAAUAUAAUAUCAAAGCAGAACGAAUCGCUGCCCGUUUUAACGAUACCAAAUCCGCAGGGCCAUGAGAAUUACUCGAGUCAGAUUGUACAGAUAAGUGGCGCGGAAAUGUCUGUCAAUGUUGUGAAUCAACAUACCCUGAAAGAUGAUAACAAUCAUAUUCAAGAUGAACAAGAACCUUUAAUACCGGAUGAAACAUCGCAUGUUAUUAUACAAUAUCAGCACGACAGUGAAGGGGAAGAUGAAGGAGAAGACUUUAUCUGCGGUAUCUGCGAGGAAAAAUUUGAUGGCAAAACUAUGUUGAAGGAACAUAUUAAGAUACACAUAUAAUUAUCUUUUUUACUUUGCUGUUCGUAUUGCUUGUGAUAUUUCACAUGCUAUUAAUGUGACUCUGCAUGUAGAACGUAUUGAGCAUAUACAUGAUGAAUGCAGUAAUUUCUUACCAGUGACUUAAAUUGCACAGGAUUUGUUUUACAAUUUCUAUAUAUAAAUAACGUUCUAAACAAGUUUAAUUUCUAGAAAACUGUAAGUAAAACGUUGAUUUUUUAAUAUAAAGUUAAUGUACAUAAAUUGCACAUAAAUGUACAUAAACUUAAUUUGCAAUUAAGUUUACAAUUAAACUAUGUUUACAAUUAAUUUACAAUACAAUACACAAAUACGUAUUGGUUAAUUAUACAAGUUAAAUCUAUUUAUAAAAUCUGAAGAUGCUGUGUAAUAAGGCUUUAUAUACAUAUACUUUUUUAUUUAAAAAUAUCUUAUUUUUGGUUUGAGAAUUAAUUACAUGUGUUUAAAAUAAAUGAUGAUCGGACAUAAAUAAGUUUUUGUGUAAGUGUUUAGAUAUAGAUACAUGUUCGGUCACUGAAACGUUUAUGGUAUAUAUAUAUAUAUAUAUAUAUAUAUAUAUAUAUAUAUAUAUAUACCAUAAAAUUGUGCAACAAUGUAUGAUGCAGAAAAAACUUACUUUUUAAAUGUUUUAAGAUAUACGUACAAAGAAAACAAAAUUUGUUUUUACAAUUAAUGGCUAUCUGUAAUUUAAUAGAGAUUAAAUGUAACUUUAUUUCUGUUGAAAACGAAAAAUUAUGACUGUUAAGAUAGUCUUAGAUGAUGAUAAGAAAUAUUUGAUUUUUUCCUUUUUACUAUCUUUAAACUGUACCUAUAUUAAAUCGACAAAUAAAUUCUAAUUAUACUUAUA